AUGCCGUUUGCGCAGAUCGUGCUGGGGCCUCCAGGCUCGGGCAAAACGACGUACUGUAAUGGCAUGCAGCAGUUCCUGCAGGCCAACCACCGAGAUGUGGCCGUAGUCAACAUGGACCCGGCCAAUGAGCAGCUGCCGUACGUGGCCGACGUGGACGUGUCCGAGAUGGUGUGUCUCGAAAAAGUCAUGGAGGAGCUCGAUCUUGGUCCCAAUGGCGGUCUCGUGUACUGCAUGGACUACAUAGACGUCAACUUUGAAUGGCUAGAGGACAAGCUCGCAGCUCUUAAGAACAAGUACGUGCUGUUCGACUUUCCAGGCCAAGUGGAGCUUUACACGCACGAGAACAGUGUGCAUAAUAUUCUACAGAAAUUGCAGAAACUCGGGUACCGGUUGGCGGUAGUGCACCUUGUGGACGCCCACCAUUGUACAGACAGCUCCAAGUUUGUGUCGGUAGUGAUGCUGAGCUUAUCGUCUAUGGUGCGAUUGGAGCUACCGCACAUUAACGUGUUGUCUAAGAUCGAUCUGAUGCAGCAGUACGGUAAACUCGCGUUCAAUUUGGACUUCUACACGGACGUGCUGGAUCUACGUUAUCUAUUGGAUCGUUUGGACGAGCCUGAUGACGCCGAAGACGAGGACCAGAUCUCACUGGAGCCACGACAUACAACGAUCCCCAGCUCAAGACUAGCAGAGCGAUUCCGUCGCAUGAACGAGGCGCUGGUCGACGUCAUCGAAGACUUUAGCUUGGUGAGCUUCUUGCCCCUACAGAUUCAAGACCCUGCAACGAUCCAGAAAGUCGUUGCAGCGAUCGACAAGGCCAACGGCUUUGUCUUCACCGGUGUGGACUUCCAGACUGCAGUCGUCAAGGACUACGCCUUCGGAGAUCAGAGCGCAAAUGAUGUUCAAGAGAAAUACCUCGACAAGUAGAAGACCAACCUUAAAAGAUCCUUUGUAUUACCCUCU